CGAGUCCCCGCCCCGCCACUUCCGGUCCCGCCGCCGGGAGCCGGUGCGGCUGUGAGGGGCCGCAUCUCGCAGCAGCCGCCCCGGCCGGGCAUGGUGUUGGGCGCCGGGCCCGCCUCGCCUGUCUCGGGGAGCCCAGGUGAGCAGCGACCGCGCGGCUCUGCGGCGGGGCGAGGGUAAAGGCAGCAGUAAUGCUAACGCUAGCAAGCAAACUGAAGCGUGAUGAUGGUCUCAAAGGGUCCCGGACGGCAGCCACAGCGUCGGACUCCACUAGGAGGGUUUCUGUGAGAGACAAAUUGCUUGUUAAAGAGGUUGCAGAACUUGAAGCUAAUUUACCUUGUACAUGUAAAGUGCAUUUUCCUGAUCCAAACAAGCUUCAUUGUUUUCAGCUAACAGUAACCCCAGAUGAGGGUUACUACCAGGGUGGAAAAUUUCAGUUUGAAACUGAAGUUCCCGAUGCGUACAACAUGGUGCCCCCCAAAGUGAAAUGCCUGACCAAGAUCUGGCACCCCAAUAUCACAGAGACAGGGGAAAUAUGUCUGAGUUUACUGAGAGAACAUUCAAUUGACGGCACUGGCUGGGCUCCCACAAGAACAUUGAAGGAUGUUGUUUGGGGAUUAAACUCUUUGUUUACUGAUCUUUUGAAUUUUGAUGAUCCACUGAAUAUUGAAGCUGCAGAACAUCAUUUGCGGGACAAGGAGGACUUCCGGAAUAAAGUGGAUGACUACAUCAAGCGUUAUGCCAGAUGAUAAAAGGGGACGAUUGCAGGCCCAUGGACUGUGUUACAGUUUGUCUCUCAUGUGAAACAGCAGGAGGUAGCCCCCUCUCCCGUCCUCACGCUCCCUCAGCCCCCUGGAUUGUCCCAGUCCUGUGACCAUGUUGCCCUGAAGAAGACCAUCUUCAUGACUGCUCAUUGUAGAUGGAGAAUUCAACAUAAAUACAGCAAGAAAAUGUGUUUGGGCUUCUGAAGAGUUGUCUGCUUACCUUAACAUGUUUACUUUUUUGAACUUGUACUGUAUAGGCUAUUGGUGAAAUUCUUAAGAAGUUGUAAUGAACUCAAAAUUGAGGCCAGAGCUUGCUUUCCCUUUUCCCCAACAAAAUUGGUUUUCUGCACAAGCGAUGCUAAUGAUGUGUUCCGUGUAACUUGCAGAUUGGCAAUAAGAUACCCACUACAAACUGUGAUUGGAUGCAAAAUCUCUUAGUUUCUUUCACGAGUGUUGGCCCUGCCUAGAUGUUGUGAAGCUUCCCAGAAUGCAUAGUCAUUCACUGUAGAUCUCUUAUUGAAAUGCAUAUUUUAUUUAAUGUAAGUAUAUUUUGGAACAGAUUUGUAAUUUGUACAAUUUAAUGCUUUAAUUAUUUUUUCUAUUCUCAUUUAGUUUGUAUUUUCAUUGUAUAGAGCAGACAGAAAGAUGUUGAGUCAAGCGACUGUUGAAGAGAAAUACAAAGAAAAUAUGAAA